UCUGACUUUUUUUUCCUUCCCCUUUCUUUGACUCACAAAGGAGAAAAACUAGUGAUCAUCUAAAGCUCGGCAAGUGAUUCCAAUUUGUGGAUCAUUUAAACUCUCAAGCAAACAUCAAAACUUCUUUUUCUUUCUUUUUUCUCCAAACAAAGACUAGCUUACCACUUUCUCUCUCGCCUGUGAAAUUUCUGAAAAAACAAGCCACAUAUAUACAAUUCAUUCGAUAAAAAAAAAGAGGCUAUAAAUGCGAGUUUUUCUCUUGUAUGAUCUUCUUUUCACCUUCUCUAAACCAAAUAAGCAUAGACACCUUCUUCUCUUCAUAAGAUAUACAAUAGGAGUUGCGCAAAUAUAGACAUAGACAAGCCUUUUGUUCAAAGCAUCAAUGGAGAUGGAAUUAUACGCAUACCCAUCUCGUGCUUUGCCUCUUUCCUCAUCUAUUUGUUCGUUUGGCGUUCGGGAUUUGGUAGAUAGAGCCAAAGAUUUCUUCAGCUUUGCGGUAUCUGCAAUCAUUGGCACUCUCUUCUCUGCAUUCUUCACCUUCUUCUUUGCAUUAGUGGGCACAUUGUUAGGAGCAUUGACUGGAGCUUUGAUUGGCCAAGAGACGGAGAGUGGAUUUGUCAGAGGUGCUGCAGUUGGUGCCAUCUCUGGGGCUGUUUUCUCUCUUGAAGUCUUUGAGUCAUCUCUGUUACUAUGGCAGUCGGAUGAAUCUGGAAUUAGAUGUCUUCUUUACUUGAUUGAUGUACUCACAAGCCUGUUAAGUGGUCGAUUGGUACGUGAGCGGAUUGGUCCAGCAAUGCUAAGUGCAGUCCAGAGUCAGAUGGGAGCUGUUGAACUUGCAUAUGACGAGAUCCCUAACAUUUUUGAUACUGGUGGGGCUAAAGGCAUGCAUGGAGAUUCUGUUGAAAAGAUCCCCAAGAUUUUAAUUACAAAAGUUAAUAACUUGGAUGAUUCUGGAGAGAGAGUCUCUUGUUCCGUCUGCCUUCAGGUGAAUUACAUUUACACCUUUUGUUUGCUGUUCCUCCUCCUGAUAUUACAUUACUUGUUGAUCCUGAAUCCUUUUCGCUAUUUGGAUGCAUACAUACAGGAUUUUCAACUGGGAGAAACUGUUAGAUGUUUGCCACAAUGUCAUCACAUGUUUCACUUACCGUGCAUCGAUACAUGGUUGUUGAGACAUGGCUCUUGCCCGAUGUGCAGGAGGGAUCUGUAGCUGCCCCAUAAAUUAUGACAAGGUUAUAUAAUUUCAUACUUGCUUGUGGUUUCCUUAAUUCUGUUUCUUCACUUGUCCCAAUUUUCAAGGAAACCUGUGUAUUUAAUGGCGAGCAUGUGUUUUUUCGAGUUCAGUCAUUAUAGACUAUUAGUUACCUGUAAAUUGAGCUAUCAUAGUGUUCACUACUUCCACUAAGUGGUAUUCUGUAUUGAUGUCUCGUGUUUAUGGGCGUCUUGUGCUAGAAAAGGUUUUUAGUGAACAUUUUAACUUAGCAACAUA